AUGAACGAAUCAACCGUCCACGGCGAGGGCGACGAGUCCUUCUGGGCGCCCGGUACCAUUCGACUGGAGGAUUUGACCCGCUCCAGGACUGAAGUUAUCCUCCAUCCCAUACCCACCUCUGAUCCCGAUGAUCCCCUCAACUGGAGCCAGAUGAGGAAGAUGAUCAAUUUUGGACUAGUCGGCUUUUUCGUACUAUGGACCUUCGUACAGCUCCAAAUUGGUGCUACGUCCUGGGGCCAGCUCAUCCCGCAGCUACAUUUCACCGUCGACCAGCUCAACAAUGGAGUUGCCAUGAACUCAGCCGGCCUGGCCAUCGGUUGCGUCCUCUUCAUGCCCUUUGUGCACAAGUAUGGACGACGCCCUCUAUAUUUGAUGAGUUCCGCAAUGCAGCUAGCCGGUGUCAUUUGGCAAGCCAAGAUGCAAAACUAUGGCGACUGGCUGGGAUGCAACUUUCUCACAGGCUUGGGUGGUGCCAUCAGCGAGGCCGUUGUUCAAGUCACCAUCGCCGAUCUCUUCUUUGUCCACCAACACGGAACCAUGAAUGCCUGGUACCUCAUCUUCACCUCCGUCGGUGCCACGCUUGGUCCUGUAGCCUCUGGCUUUGUGGUCCAGUCGCAGGGAUGGCGAUGGAUCUGGUGGUGGUGCACCAUUUUCCUUGGUGUAAAUUUCCUUCUCAUCAUCUUCAUGUUCGAAGAGUCAAAAUAUGUUCCCGUUCUCGCUGGCCAGACCGUUCCUCUCGACCGGGGUGUCACUAGCACAGAUGACGUUAAGACCGCGGAUGUCGACUUGGAGCCGGCAAAGGUCGACGUCAAGCACACCACCAUGGAAAGGAUACAAUCUAGGAUCGACCCAACUCUGCCACGCAAGACCUACCUCCAGCGUAUGACGCUAGUGACCACCUCGCACUAUUCUGUUCGCCACCACUUUUACCAACCCGCGGUCGUUCUAUUCAUGUUUCCUGCCGUCGCCUACGCAGCCCUUACUUAUGGUACCGUCUUGGCGUCUUUGGCGCUCAUGGCUUCUACCCAGGCGACGUAUCUCCUCGAACCACCUUACAACUUUGGGCCUUCUGGUGUCGGUCUCAUGAACUUGGCUCCAUUCACCGGCUCUUUUCUCGGCUUCUUCGCCGCUGGUUGGCUCAAUGAUAGGUCCAUCAUGUGGCUCGCAAGACGAAACGGUGGUAUCUACGAACCCGAGAUGCGUCUCUGGCUUGGCCUUGCAUCCGCAUUGAUCCUUCCCGCCGGCGUUCUCUUGUUUGGCAUCGCUUUGGCUCAUGGUGUGCAUUGGAUCGCCAUGGCUGUGGGCUUUGGCAUGUUUGGUUUCACAUUUGUGCUUGCUAGUGGCGUCGCACUUGCGUAUGUGACGGACUGCUAUCAAGAGAUUCUCGGAGACAUUAUGAUUGGCGUCACCUUUGUCAGAAAUGUCUUCUCCGUCAUUAUUCUUUUUACACUCACUCCUUGGACUAAGGCUAUGGGCAUCCAGAAUGUUGCAAUCAUCACGGCCGUCUUCAAUCUUGUCGUCCUUUUGCUCCCCAUUCCCUUGAUUAUUUGGGGCAAGAAGUUUAGGAUCUCAACCUCCAAGCGAUACGAAGCAAUGGCCCGUCGACAACCCGCGUUCCGAUCACUGGAAUAG